AUGUUGUUGUCGGUUUACUGCACACAAUCGUAUCUGUGUUUCUUUCCUUUUUUUCAUGUGCUGAUGAAGCCUAAGAAAGGGGGUCUCAUAUUGCUUUCAUCUUUGUGGAUGAAUCUAACGUUGUUUAGAUUAUCAUGGACCGUUUGGAUUCUCUAUUUCUCUCUCUCUCUCUCUCUCUCUCUCUCUCUAUAUAUAUAUAUAUAUAUAUAUAUAUAUAUAUAUAUAUAUAGAAAAGGGAUUUUAGGCAUAGUUAACUGCAAUCCCCAAUUUGAAAACAAACUUUCCUCCUCUGUGUGUAAUACAUAUCCCUAUUCCUGGAUAGCUGUUUGUUCAUUUUUAGUGUUUCACACUUUGCACUUCACAGAUCGCAUGACUGAUGUGUACGAUGUCACUGUGGCCUAUCCGGACAACUUACCUUCGCCGGAAUUCAAUAUAUUCUGCGGUCGUGUUCCCAGCGAAGUGCACUAUCACGUGCAUCCUUCGUUUGAUUUUGAAGUUCGUCUGGCUUCGUGGCUCAGAGCUCGUUGGCUGGAAAAGGAACUGAUGUUGAAAGCCUACUACGGUAAGUCUAUGGUCCAUAGGAUUACAAUUGUGAAUAACAUUCCAUCUCUUAUUCGUGUGGUAAUUUUUUUCUUGUUUGAUGCUCUUUCCCAAAAAACUGAACUGCUCCAAAUCUCACAAAUCUGCCUUUAG